AUGGUUCGCCAUCCAAGUCAACUAUUAUUUCUGGCGAUAGCUAUUGCCACCUUAGUCGGUGGCUCCCAGGGUGCCAAUAUCCUGGGUCUCUUUCCGAGCCUGAGUCCCUCGCACCUGAUCAUACAAAUGGCGGCUUCCAAGGUUCUGGCCGAGAAGGGUCACAAUGUGACUGUGGUCACGGUUCUUGAGCCAGUGGUGACCCACAAAAACAUAAGCCUAAUCCAGGUGCCCCUCACCAAGGAGGAGGCGCAGCAGAUGAGCGACACAUUCGAAGCAAUGUCUAAGACCGAUAAUAGUAACAUGGCUGUAUCGAUGCUUCGAAUGAUGGGACAGAUGGAUUUCGCGUUCAAGAAGAAUGCCGAAACCCUGAAGGACGAUCGAGUGCGGGAUCUGUAUCUGAAUAAGGACAACAAGUUUGAUGUGGUUCUCUCUGGAUAUUUCAUGAACGAAGUUCAGCUCGGACUCGCAAGGAAGGUUAACGCCCCGGUUAUCGUCGUGGCCACAUUGCCGCCAAACCAACUGAUGAACUCUCUGAUCGGUAAUCCCCUGGAGGUCGCCUACGUGCCCCCACUUGGCGACUCCGUGGAAAAGGGCAGGACUAUGAGCUUCUUGAAACGUUUGACUGGAUACACCACAAGCCUCUUCUUUGGAAUUAUAACCUUCCUUACGGACAGGCGCAAUCGGAAUUUGUACAAGGAAGUUUUUGGUGAUGAUCCCAGCAUGCCCGAGUACUCGGAAAUUAUCAAAAACACUUCGUUGAUAUUCUAUGCCUCUCAUGCGCCCAGCGAAGGACCCAUCCGCCCCAAUGUUCCGGCUGCCAUAGAGAUCGGAGGCAUUCAAAUCAAGGACACGCCAGAUCCCCUUCCCCAAAAUAUGGCGGACUUCCUGGGCAAUGCCACAGAUGGAGCCAUUCUUUUGUCUCUGGGUUCCAAUGUUAAAGGAAGCCACCUCAAACCAGACACUGUGGUCAAGAUGUUCAACGUGCUGUCGAAGCUGAAGCAAAGGGUCAUCUGGAAGUGGGAGGAUCUGGAGAAGACUCCCGGCAAGUCGGACAACAUUCUCUAUUCGAAGUGGCUUCCCCAGGACGACAUCCUGGCACACCCAAAAGUUAAGCUGUUCAUCAAUCACGCCGGAAAAGGUGGCAUAACUGAGGCACAGUAUCACGGCAAACCCAUGCUUUCUUUGCCAGUUUUUGGAGAUCAGCCCGGAAACGCGAACGGAAUGGUCCAAAAGGGUUUUGGCCUCACCUUGAGCCUUUUAACCCUGGAGGAGCAGCCUUUCCGCGAGGCAAUCUUGGAGAUAUUGUCCAAUCCCCAGUACACCCAGAAGGUGGCCUCGUUCUCCUCUUUGUACCGCGAUCGUCCAAUGACUGCUAGGGAAUCAGUAGUCUACUGGACGGAGUAUGUCAUUCGGCACCAUGGAGCAGCCCACCUGCAGAGUCCUUUGGUGCACAUGAACUGGAUAGCCGCCAAUAACAUCGAUAUUUAUGCAUUAUUUGCCGUCAUACUGGUUAUUAUUAUUCUCCUUUUAAAAGCGGUCUUCCAAUUUAUUUACAGAAGGUGCAUCUCAAAGACGAAGAAGGAGAAAAUUCUCUAA